AUGGCUAAAGCAAUCGUCGUCGGUGGUGGUUUGAGUGGUUUAUCAGCCGCUCACACCAUCUUGGAACGUGGUGGAAACGUCUUGGUUUUGGACAAGAACGCAUUUUUUGGUGGUAACAGUACAAAAGCCACCUCAGGUAUCAAUGGUGCCGGAACCGCCACUCAAGCUGAUUUGGACAUUCCAGAUUCAGCAAAGAUUUUCUUCAACGACACAAAGAAAUCCGCUCGUGAUUUGGCAAGAGAUGAUUUGAUCAAAGUUUUGACUGGUCGUUCAGGUGAAGCUGUCAAUUGGUUGCAAGAUCGAUUCGCCCUAGAUUUGUCAAAAGUUUCUCGUUUGGGUGGUCACUCUCAACCACGUACCCAUCGUGGUGGCGCUCAAUUCCCAGGUAUGACAAUCACAUAUGCACAAAUGGAAAAGAUUGAAGAAUUGGCAGAAACCACACCCGAACGUGUUCAAAUCGUUCGUAAGGCAAGAGUUACAAAACUCUUGUACGAAAACAAUGCCGUCGUUGGUGUCGAAUACACUGCCGGUGGUCAAACACAUCAAGAACAUGGUCCAGUCGUUUUGGCAACUGGUGGUUACGCAGCCGAUUUCGAUGAUGUAAACUCUUUGUUGAAGAAGCAUCGUCCUGAUUUGAUGAAUUUGCCUACCACAAACGGUGAUCACUGCACUGGUGAUGGUCAAAAAAUGGUUGCCGCCAUUGGUGGUCGUUUGAUCGAUUUGGAAAAGGUUCAAGUGCACCCAACUGGUUUGGUUGACCCUAAAGAACCUGACGCAAAAGUUAAAUUCUUGGCCGCUGAAGCUUUGCGUGGAUGUGGUGGUCUUUUACUUGACGCUGAAGGAAACCGAUUCGCCGAUGAAUUGGGACACCGUGAUUACGUUACUGGACGUAUGUGGGAUAACAACAAAUUCCCCGUUCGUUUAAUCUUGAACGGUGAAGCAUCAAAGGAAAUCGAAUGGCACUGCAAGCAUUACACUGGACGUGGUUUGAUGAAGAAAUUCGACUCGGGAGAGGCUGUGGCCAAAGAGAUGGGCCUUUCUGCUGACAAGCUCAAGGCUACCUUUGACGAUUACAAUGAAAUCGCAACCGGCAAGAAGAAGUGCCCAUGGAACAAGAAGUUCUUCAACAACCAUAACAUGAAGAUGGAUGACACUUUCCACGUUGCUCUUAUGACCCCUGUUUUGCAUUACACUAUGGGUGGUGUUGAAAUUAGCCCUGAAGGUCACGUUUUGGACAACAACGGAAAGCCAAUUGAUGGUUUGUACGCUUCCGGUGAAAUUGCUGGUGGUGUUCAUGGUGCAAACCGAUUGGGAGGUUCUUCCCUUUUGGGUUGCGUCGUUUUCGGUCGUGUUGCCGGUGAUAGUGUUACUUCAUACCUUUUGCGUGGUAUUUCUACCGGAAAGAUUGCUGCCGGACGUGCAGGUCAAGUUGCAAACCAUUUGGCAACAACUGUUCGUGUUAACCCUGAUAACAAGAAUGUUAGUUUGACAUUCAGUUGGGACGGACAAGGACAAAGUGAAGGAAAUGCAGCCACUUCUGGAUCAACUCAACAAGUUGCAACUUCUUCUGCUGGCCCUCAACCAGCCGCAGAGAACUCCAAAGCUCAAAAGAAGGAAACCCCUGCAACUGAAUUGAGAGAGAUCAGCAUGGAAGAAGUCGCCAAGCAUGCAUCUGAUGAUGAUUGCUGGGUUGCCGUUAACGGUCAAGUGAUCGAUGCUACCGGAUUCUUGGACGAUCACCCAGGUGGUCGUAAGGCAAUCUUGCUCUACAAGGGACGUGACGCAACUGAAGAAUUCAACAUGUUGCACGACAAAAACGUCAUUUCCAAAUACUACAAAGAAGGUAUCAUUGGUACAGUGAAACAAUAA